AUGGAUUAUUACGGUAUUAAUAGAGGUUCAAUUCGUGCUGAAGCUUUAAAAAAAUUAGCAGAUCUAACUGUUGAAAAUGUACCUUCAAAUUUAAAAGAAAUUAAUACUGGAAUUCAAAAAGAUGAUUUUUCAAAAUUAUUAACUUCAACUCCUAAAUUUUUUAAUAAUAAUAGAAAAAAUACUGAUAAAUUAUCAAAUGUUGCAAUAGCUCCAAAAGAAUAUGAAGUUUUAAUUGCAUUAUGUGAUUCAACAAAGAAACAAAUUAAGUUACAAAGUCAAAUCAAGAUAUUAAUUGAUAAAUUUAAGAUCUAUUUAUUUGAAUUACCUGAUCAAAAAUUUAGUUAUAAUAUUGUUUCAAAUUCAGUUGCAAUUUCUCCUUGGACUUUAUUAGGUGAAAAAUUAACUGUUGCAUUAAUUAAUUUAUGUUUUCAAGCCAAUAAACAAUAUUUUGAUGAAGUUGUUGAAAUUUUCCAUCAAUUUAUUGAAAAAUUCUUUGAUAAUGUUGAACCAGAUUUAUCAAAUUUUUUAACAUUAAUUGGAGUUAUUGAUGGAUUAAAUAGAAAUGCAAAAUUUUUAACUUUUAGUUCAAGAACUUUUAAAAUUUUUACAAGUUUAGAUGCUUGUAUUGAUAAUUUUGAUUUUUUAAGUGAUGUUGAAAAUUAUUCAGAUUUUCUAUAUGAUGAACCAAAUGAAUAUAAAGGAUUAUUAGAUCGUGAUUUUUGUAUUGAUUUUUCACCAAUUUUAUAUUUAGAAAAAUUAUCAAGAUUAAUGACUUCAAUUAUUAAUUCAAUUAUUGGUAAUACUGAUGAAAGUUUAAUUCAAUUUUUAUUAAAUAAAGUUGCUAAUAAUGAUCAUAAAAAAUUAGAAUUUUCAAGAGCUAAUAUGGAAAUUAUUAAAAUUUUAACUGAUUUAGCUUUAAGAAAAUUAGAGUUUUUAGAUCGUGGAGAAACUUUUAUUGUUUAUUCAACUUAUAAUCGUUUAAAAUUAGGUUAUUUAUCAAAAUCUUUUGAUUUACAAGUUUUAAGUUGUGGUAUGUUUACUGAUAAUUUAGAUAUUAAAACUUCAAGAAAUUUAUUUAAAUCUUGUGUUGAAAUUAAAGAAGUUAUGUUAGAUUCAGAUUUAGGUUUAACUAUUUUCCAAUUUGGUGCUUUAUUAGUUUAUAAAGAUGAAACUGUUGGUCCAUUAUUAACUAGAGUCUUUACAUCAGUUGUUGCUAAUCCAAAAUUACCACAACAUUAUUGUUUAGAAGCUUCAAAAAGUGUUGGUUUAGGUAGUAAAAAAUUACCACAAGAUGCUGUUGUUACUACUAUUUAUUCAUUAACUAAUUUAUUAUUUGUUAGUAAUGAAGGAUUACAAUUACCUUCUAAAAGUGCUAGAAGAGCAGUUAAAAAUAUUUCUGGUGAAAAUGGAUUUGCAAGAGAUUAUGGAUCACCAAUUUCAUCAAGAAGAACUUCAAUUUCUUCAAUUUCUCAAGUUUUUAGUAAAGGUGGGAAUUCACAUGAAUUUGAUGAAAAUGAUUAUAAAAAAGUUUGUGAAAAUGCAGUUACUGCAAUUAUUGAAGUUUCAGAAGCAUGUGAUGAUGAAUCUGUUCCAGCAUUAGCAUGUACUAUUUUAUCUCAAAAAGUAGCCAAGAUUGAUUCAGCAAUUGGUCCAUUAAUUUUGAAAGGUUUAAGUUCAUGUGCACCAUUUUUACCAGAACGUGAAUUUAUUAUUUUAGUUAGAUUAUUAAAUAAAUUAUCAUUUGAUGCAUUAGAAAAGAAAAAUAUGGUAUUAUUAGGAAAUUUAACUGAAGCUAAAUGUAUUUUAUCAACUAAAUUGAAACAAGCAAAUCCAUUAUAUUUUGUUUAUUUACAUGAAUUAUUACAAGCUAUAAUUAGUAAAGGUGAUGUUCAACAAUUAGAACAUCAUAGACCACAUACUGAAAUUAGUGAAGUUGGUGAUCAAAUUGCAAUAUAUUUAAAACCAUUAGCUGCUUUAUUACCAGAUGUUAAUUUAGGUCAAGAACCAUUAGACAUUAAAAAGACAGAAACUAUUAAUUUAUUUAGAAAUAUUUGGUUUAAUAUGGUUGUUCAUGGUUAUAAUGUUAAUUCCAAAAAUAGUCAAAUUUUUAAAACAGAAUUAGAAAGAAUUGCAUAUAAUUCACCACCAUUAGCUUCAGAAUUAUCUUGGGAUAGAACCGAAACUUCAAUUGAAUUAAACACUGUUUUGAGAAGAGGUUCAUCAAACCAUAAUAUCAAAGAUCAUAGAUCAUUUUUAGGUGAUAUUUUUGAAGUUCAUCGUACUUUGUCAUAUCCAAAAUUAAUGUUCUUAUCAGCUACUGUAUUUUGUGAAAGUUUAAGAGUUAAAAGUGGCAAUUGUUCCAAAAUUUUAUUAUAUUUCACUGAUCCUUCAAUUAAAUCAUCAGGUAUUGAAAAAUAUUUAGGUCCAAUUGCAUUCAAAGUUGUUAGAGAUUAUAUUACUUUAGUAAUUUCAGGUGCUAAUAAACAAUUUACAGCUGAUCAUAUUGCUGCACAAUUAACAACCAUGUUAACUUAUUGUACUUAUCCAGUUGAAGAUAUGCAAGAUGCAGCCAUGCAAUGCUGUGAUUUAUUAAUUAAUAAAGUACCUGCUUCAUUAUGUCAUAAAAAAUCAUUAUUUGCAUUAUUUGAUAUUUUAACUUUAUUAUUUCAAAGUAUUGCUGAUGCUGAUGUUCAUGAAUAUGAACCUACAACUUCUUUUAGAGCUAGAUGUACUGGAAUAAAAAUUCAAAUGUCAGAUGAUUAUGGUUGGAGAUGUUCAACAUUCAAUAGAUUUCAUGAAAAAUCAAAACAUUGGAUUAACCUUCUUUUGUAUAAAUCAAAUGUCGAUGUCAAGAGUUUAAUUCAAUCUUAUGUAUCAUCAAAUGAAGAAUUAAAUUAUGAUACACCAAUUCAAUUUGGAUUAUCAUUUGCAUUACAAAUGUCUGGUAAUAUUUCAUCUCACGAUAGAGAAUUGAAUGCUAUUACUUAUGCAAAUAUAUCAGCUUUAGAUAGUUUACCUACUAUUGUUGCUCAAUUAAAUUGGAGAUCAAAUUUUGUAACCAGAAUUAUGAAUCAAUUGCCAUUAAGAACUGAUGAAGAUAUUGAUUUAGCUUUCAAAGCAAUUAGAGACAAAGUUUACAAGAUCAAAUUAGAUAUAAAAUCAGCUACUGAUGAUGAUGUAUUAAAAUUAUUAUCAGAAAUUGCAGGAUUAACUUUAUUAAGUGAUGUAAACAAUGCAGAAUUAGUUAGAUAUAUGGUUGAAAUUCCAUUUAUGAUGUUUGAACCAACAGUAAUGAUUAGUGCAGCUGGUGUUUGGUUUGCAGUUAUGAAAGAUAAACCAAAAUUAAGUAUGUUAUUAAUAAGUGAAUUAGCUAAAAAAUGGGAAGAAUCUAUUGAAUUGAGAAAAGGUUUAUUUUCACAAGAACAUGAUUUAAAUCAUGCAGAAUUUGAUAAGAUGGAAUAUGCACCAAGUAAUAGAACUAUUGUUAAUAAAUUAGCUGAAAAAGCUCAAAGAAGUUUCGGACCUCAUUUAGAAAUAAUUAAAUUAUUUUCAAGUAAUUUUGAGGCAACUUUAAAUCAAAGUGAUCAUUUAUUAAAAUUAUUUACAAGAUUUGUUGAAGUUGGUUUAGAAAAUUUAAAAAUUGCAAGUUAUCAUCCAUUAUCAAGAUUGGUUAGAUUUGAAUUAAUAAAAUUUUCAUUUGAAGUUUUACAUGUUCAUAUUAGAUUAGGUUCAAGAUCAAGUAGAAAAUUAACUAAUUUAAUAUUUGAUGGUGCUUUAACUUGGUUUAGACAAAGAAGUACUUAUCCAUUUGGUGGUGAUAAAUUAAAAUUUAAAAGUGAAGCUAUUGUUAUGAGAGAAGUUUCUAAAAUGGCAAGUGCUGUAUCAUCAUUUAAAUCUGGUGAAAUUGAAAUGAAAAAAAAUUUAUUUUUACAUUUUCUUGAUGAUGAGAUUUAUAAAUUUAAUGUUUGGUUAACUAGUAGUAAUCCAAAUGAUUCUUCAGGUUCAGUUAUUAGUACAGCUAUUAAUAAUUCUUUGAUUACUAGAGCAUAUGAACUUGAUCCUAUUUUAGCUAUAAAUCUUGCAUUAAGAUAUAAACAUAAAAAUCAUGAUGAUUUAUUACAACAACUAAUUAUCAAAAAUCCAUUACCUGCUGUUUAUUAUCCAGAUGCUGUUCAAUUUUUCAUUGGUAUUAAUGCUGGUACUCAUAUGCCAUCAUAUCAAUUAUUAUUUUGGGCUCCUUUAUCACCAAUUGAUGCAAUCACUUUAUUUUUACCACCAUUUGGUGCAAAUUCAUUCAUAUUACAAUAUACUAUGAGAUCAUUAGAAAGUCACGAUGUUAAUUUAACAUUUUUUUAUGUUCCACAAAUUGUUCAAUCUUUAAGAUUUGAUGCAAAGGGAUAUGUUGAAAGAUUUAUUAUUGAAACUGCAAAAGUCUCACAAUUAUUUGCUCAUCAAAUUAUUUGGAAUAUGUUAGCAAAUAGUUUUAAAGAUGAAGAUUCAACUGAACCAGAUGAUUUAAAACCUGUAUUAGAUAGAAUUCAAGAAACUAUGUUAAAAACUUUUAGUAAAGAAGAUUUACAAUUUUAUCAUAAAGAAUUUGGAUUUUUUAAUGAAGUUACUGAUAUUUCAGGUAAAUUAAAACCAUAUAUUAAAAAGACAAAAGCUGAAAAAAAGGCCAAAAUUGAUGAAGAAAUGGCAUUAAUUAAAGUAGAGCCAGGUGUUUAUUUACCUUCUAAUCCAGAUGGUGUUUUAGUUGAUAUUAAUCGUAAAAGUGGUAGACCUUUACAAUCUCAUGCAAAAGCUCCAUUUAUGGCAACUUUUAAAAUUAAAAAAGAUUUAAUUGAUUAUGAUGAAAAAGGAAAAGAACAAACUAUUGAAAUUGAAAAAUGGCAAAGUGCAAUUUUUAAAGUUGGUGAUGAUUGUAGACAAGAUGUUUUAGCAUUACAAUUAAUUUCAAUUUUUAGAACUAUUUGGAAUGAUUCAGGUUUAGAUCUUUAUGUAUUUCCCUAUAGAGUUACUGCUACAGCACCUGGUUGUGGUGUUAUUGAUGUUUUACCAAAUUCAACAUCAAGAGAUAUGUUAGGUAGAGAAGCAGUUAAUGGAUUAUAUGAAUAUUUUAUAACAAAAUUUGGACCAGAAAAUUCAAUUGAAUUUCAAAAAGCAAGAAAUAAUUUAAUUAAAUCAUUAGCUGCAUAUUCUAUAAUUUCUUAUCUUUUACAAUUUAAAGAUAGACAUAAUGGUAAUAUUAUGUAUGAUGAUCAAGGUCAUAUUUUACAUAUUGAUUUUGGAUUUUGUUUUGAUAUUGUACCAGGUGGUGUUAAAUUUGAAGCUGCUCCUUUUAAAUUAACUCAUGAAAUGAUUAUGGUAUUAGGUGGGAAUGAUGAAACUCAAUCAUUUAAAUGGUUUGAAGAAUUAUGUAUAAAAGGUUAUUUAGCUUGUCGUCCAUAUUUGGAAACUAUUGUUAGAACAAUAACACCAAUGUUAGAAUCUGGUUUACCAUGUUUUAAAGAUACAACAAUAAAAAAUUUAAGAUCAAGAUUUGUACCAACAAAAACUGAUAAAGAAGCUGCUUUAUAUUUUAAAAAAUUAAUUAAAAAAUCAAUGGAAAGUUUUUAUACUAAAGGUUAUGAUGAAUUUCAAAGACUUACUAAUGGUAUUCCAUAUUAG